AUGCGAGUCUUAUCAUUGGCUCUUUACCUCUUUGCCUCAGCAUCGCUGAGUCCAGUCUUGGGCUGUCCCUAUCUGGACGCAGCCAAUGCAGGCAAGAAGGGUGUCUUCUUUCACAAUAGAAUUGCGCCGAUCACGCAGCAACUCUUUAUUGCCAACUCGGACGCAACCAAUGAACGCUCUCUGCUUGGAAACCACAGUUCCAAGCUGGACUACCACGCCUCGUUCUCUCCUGAUGAUGAAUGGAUUGUCUUUACCAGUGAGCGCAACGGUGAUGGAAACGCUGAUCUGUAUCGCAUCCGUACCGAUGGUACUGACCUUGAGGAACUCAUCGCCACACCGUCUAUUGAAGACAGUGGUGUCAUUUCGCCCGAUGGCAAGAAGCUCGCCUACGUCUCUUCGGAAAAUGGCUACAAGGCCAACAUCUGGGUCAUGGACUUGGCAACAAAGGAAAGGUAUAACUUGACUGAUACGGCCUCGACAAGGUCUGAUCCAAACAGUCCUUCUGGAAACUUUAUGCCCUCGUGGUCCCCCGAUGGAGAAUGGAUCGCUUUUUCCAGUGAUCGCAAUACCGACUGGUACCUUGGAAACGCAACAGACUGGGAACACAUCCAGGAGACAUCAAUCUAUGUAAUUAGACCCAACGGCAGUGACUUUCGCACUGUCGCCAAGAAGCCCGGGUUCGCUCUUGGUUCUCCCAAGUGGUCCUACGAUGGCAGCCGUAUCGUCUAUUAUGAGAUGACGCGCCAGAACACCUGGUACGUGCAUCAGCCGUCCAUCUCCGGAACCAGCGACAUUGUGUCGGUCGACUUUGCGGCAGGCAAAGAUCGCCAAGUCCAUGUUUCUUCCGUCGAAGGCUAUGGUAUCAAUCCUUCAUAUGUGAGCAAAGACGGCAAUAUUGGCUAUCUCAUCAAGUCCGGGGACUAUGCAGGUAUCAACUAUACCACCUACGACGUCGGUCAUCAGUGGUUGGGGAAGACCACGGACAACUCAACCCCCCUUCGCCAACCUGCCUGGAACGCUAACGGAACUCAAGUUGUGUUCCAGAAAGACGAUUGGCACAUCCGCGCAGAUGACACCCCUCUCUACAGCUGGGACGAAGACUGGGAGUACCGCUUCAUGGACAUGAUGCCACAACUCAACAACGCAACAGGAAUGGUAACGCUGUCGCAAAAACAAAACGGCAAUACGGCCAUCGUCAAGAAAAGGGCAGACGGGUCUGAUUACUCUGUCGUCUUCGACCCUUACUCUACAGACCAAGUCAACGCAUAUGAAAUCGCAACAGGAAACGCCGGUUGCCAGCAGCCAUCUUGGUCUGGCGAUGGUGAAUGGCUGACUUUUAGUAUCGGGUGGUGGUUCCAGAACCGCACCACAGACGCGGCAUGGGUGUACCGCGUGCGCGCCAACGGGUCUGACUAUGAGCAGCUCACGGGCGAUGUCCCUGAAGAGCUGAAUGCAGGGUACUCAUCGUUCUCGCCCGACGGCACUAAAAUCGUCUAUCGAAUCAUGGGCGAGACACGACGCGGCCUCCGGAUCUUGGAUCUUAACAGUCGCAAGAUCCACAAUCUCACUGAUAAGUGGGACAACAUGCCAGGCUGGAGUCCCGAUGGAAAGCGCAUCGUCUUCACCCGUCGCAAUAACUGGACCGAGACGGAGAACAUUACUACUCCCUGGGAUCCGUAUGAUGUCUGGACUAUCCACCCAGAUGGUAGCAACGCCACACAAGUGACCACCGCGCUCGGCAACGACGGACAUGCCGUUUGGUCUAAUGAUAACAGAAUUCUAUUCAGCACUUCUCGGUACGGGUUUCGAGGCGAGUCGGCAAACUAUGAUAAUACGUUCCAGCCGUAUGGUGUGAGCAUGGUUAUGAACGCUGACGGGUCUGAUCAGCGUCCUAUGACGGAUAGUCUGUGGGAGGAUGCUAUGCCUCAAUUUGUGUUCAAUGAGUUUCUUAGUUGAGGGUGAAUAUAGAAGCUGCCG